AUGGAGGCCGAAUUCUGUAUCACGCACGUCGACAAUGACACCGUCUCGAACCAGCAGCCGAUGAAGGAGACGGCCAUAACAUACCUGACAGCCCAGGCUGAACUCAACAGGCUGACGAAGGAUGGGCUGUCCACAAUUCCACUCAUAGCAUGGGCUGUUGUGGUCCACAAGUUCACUGACACGGACACUGUCAGCUUUGGUGUUCAUUAUAUCUCUUCAAGCAAGGCCACCGAGGAGAAAACCAGGAGACAGAGUUCCAUCUGUGUAGUGAGCAUUGAUCCUGAGGCUCGGGUGAGAGACUUCUUAUUGGGGAAUAAGCACAAAUUAGAGCCCCUUGGGUUGGAAUCCCGGCCUGAAGUGAGCACGGCUAUUUUGUUUCAUCAAGGAGAGAGGGACUUGGAGGAAACACUUAGUGUAAUCUGCCACUCAAGAUGCAAAGACCAUCGUUACGAUGUCCUGAUUGCCCUGAGUGUGAACGAUGAAAAUCCAACGGCAAGACUGUAUUAUAGGUCACCUGCUAUAUCCGAAUCCCGCGCCAAACGUCUCCGGGGUAACAUGGCAGAGGCAAUCCAGUGGCUCGUGAAGAACCCCGAGCAGAAGAUGCGAGAAGCAAAAGUCUUCAGUCCCGAGGAUUAUCACCAGAUCGCUCAGUGGAACAACAAGUCUUAUUUUGACCAACUGGACGGCCAAAUUAUCGACGCCAUCAUAGAUCAGCAUGCUCUUUCAAAUCCCACUGCCGCCGCAAUCCACUCCUGGGAUGGCAACCUGACCUACGCCGAACUGAAGAGCCUGUCAUUGAAACUGGCUGCCCAUUUACAAUCCCUUGGAGUCUGUCCGGGUGACAUGGUGCCUCUGUGUAUGGAAAAGUCCCUCUGGGCGAUCGUCGCAGUGCUAGCUGUGAUUAGAUCUGGGGCUGCAUUUGUCCCACUGGAAGCCCUCCAACCUACAAAGCGACUUGAAGGAAUUAUCGAUCGAGUGAAUGGACGUGUCAUCCUCGCAUCUCCUGCACACGCUGCCAGCUUAGAGCGCGCGGAAAGAACGGUAGUCCGCGUCAGUGCAGAUGCUAUGGCGCAACUAUCUCCCCCAGAAUACACCACCCCACAGCGAACAGCAAGCUCUACUGCCUAUAUCCUCUUUACCUCUGGUAGCACCGGCCGCCCAAAAGGCUGCAUAAUGAAACAUAGCGGACUGACAGGCUUCGCUGCACACGCGCUACCCCUCCAAAUUACCCGCAACAGCCGGGUCCUCCAGUUCGCCUCCUACAGCGUGCACGCAUCCCUCGUUGAAACCUUCUGUGCCCUUUCCGUCGGUGGCACACUUUGUAUCCCUACAGACCAUGACCGAAUGAAUGAUCUACAGGGUUCCAUCAACCGGAUGGGCGUUACUUGGACGACCAUGACGCCGUCGACGUUGAAGACGCUUGAUACCCAGAAUCUGCGGAGUAUGCAAACGAUUCUCACGGGCGCUGAGGCUAUCCCGAAGAAUGCGUACGAGAUCUUCGAGGGUGGAUUUUGGUUGCUUAUUGGGUAUGGUAUGACGGAAUGGGGAGGGAUUCUGAGUGCGCAGAAUCCUGGGACAAGGGAUACGAUGAAUAUUGGGGAGGCGUUUCUUGGUAGUAUCUGGCUUGUUGAUACCGAUGACCAUACUCAGCUUGUGCCUGUUGGUGCAGUGGGCGAGUUGCUUAUUGAAGGGCCUUACCUUGCGCAUGGGUAUCUAGAUGACGAAGAGAAAACAGCUGAGGCGUUUGUUGUUGAUCCGGUAUGGUUGCGGCAGUUUCGCGGGGACGCCUGUCCCCAACGGAGACUAUACAAGACAGGCGACCUCGCCAAGUACGAACCCGACGGGACGCUGCGCUACGUUAGCCGCAAGGACAAUCAGGUCAAGUUGCGUGGAUACCGAAUUGAGCUGGAGGAGGUGGAAUAUCAUCUUCGGCAGUGCUGGGAUGGGAUGGAGCAUGACGCCGUUCUUCUUGCGGAUGUAGUGGUUCCAGCGGAGAACUCGGCCUCGCCAUCACUCAUGGCAUUCAUUCUCGACCAAGGAGAAUUCACGGCCACAGAUUCGUCGCUUUUCAUGACACCAGAUGAACAGUUCCAUCUACGCGCGCGGAAGGCUGUGUCGAAACUGCGCGAACAACUCCCAGGCCACAUGGUCCCAACCGUCUACAUCCCCCUAUCAUAUGUGCCAAUGACAGUCUCCCGAAAACUCGAUCGAAGAGCCAUACGGACCCAAGCCGCCACACUCAGCAAGCAUCAGCUACUACGUUACCGAACCGAACCAAAGACUGGAGAGAACGAAAAGGCCCAGCCAUCCUCUAUCGCCGAGCUAGCCCUUCAUCGAAUGUUCGCUCUCCUACUUGACCUCGAACCUACGGAGAUUGGAGUCAAUGAUAGUUUCUACGUGCUUGGAGGCGACUCGAUUGGAGCAAUGCAGCUAGUUUCUAUGUGCCAGGCGGAAAAUAUACCGCUGACCGUGCAGGAUUUGUUUGAGAAAGAGACUAUUGCGGGGCUUGCAGAUGCUGUAGAGAGGAAUCGCUUGAAUUAG